AUGGGCGCGAUGACGCAUUCUCGCAGUCCACCCCACGCGCACCGCGGCCGCGGGCGCGUGAACACCGGCGGGGCGGCCACGCGCGCCCCCGGGCGCGAGAAGGCAGCAAUUACACGCGCGCUCGACGUGGUGGCCUGGGCCGACAGCCACGGCGGCGCCAUUCCGCGCGUGCUGCGGUGCUGCCGCGGGGAGCGGCGGCAGACCGCGAACCCCGAGCAGAUCUGGGAGCACACGCUUGGGCAGUGGAUUGCAAACCAACGCAAGGCCGUGCAGGGGAAAGGGACGAACGCUGCGCACCCGCCCGCGAUCUCCGUGCUGGACAAGCGCUUCGGGCACGCGUGGCGGUCGUGCUCCGGCGCCGUCGUCGUGGCGGCGGCGCUGGCGGACAGCGUGGAGGGUGGCGGGGCCGGGCCCAGGCCCGGCGCGGCGGCCGCGGGGGCGAACGGCGUGGUGACGUGCUGGGGCGGGCGCGGGAAGCGCGGCGCGCCUGCGGGGGCGGCACGGGUGGCCGGCGACGCGGCUCCGCGGAAGGGGGCGGACGAGUUUGCCGAGCUGUUGCUGUCGCUGAGUAAUCGGAGCGUGUGCGAGGGGGGGGAGUCUGAGGAGCCGGGGGCGUCGGGGGGCGGCGCGUCGCAGUACACGACGGAGACGGAGACGCAGGACCAUCCGCGCGCGCGGGCGCCGGAGGAGGGGGGUGUUGGGCUGGAGGGGGGAGUGCCGGAGGGCUCCGCGACGCCGCCGCGGCGGACCGAGGAGCUCGAGUGA